UUGGUCAAGCUGUCGCACGGCCGGGGGUGAAAUUUGUGAAUGGCUUCAAAACUGACUGGAAUGUGAAAUGAUUUAUCGGCGCUUUAGCAGAUGUUGUUUUUAUUCGACGUGACGUUCUUCAGGACUGGAUUGUAAAAGGCGGAGACGAUGUCGGACGCUGAAGGUGCUCGCAGUCCGGAGCAGCUGAAUAAAUUCGAGAGACUGACAGGCAGGCCGCCGCUCGCUGUGACGUUAGCAGGUCAUCGUACUCCCCGCGCUCGCAGUGGGCAUCGCUGUGUCGCUGACAACACUAACCUGUAUGUGUUUGGAGGGUACAACCCUGACUACGAUGAGUCAGGAGGCUCAGAGAAUGAAGACUAUCCACUGUUCAGGGAGCUUUGGAAGUAUCACUUCGCCACAGGCUGCUGGCAGCAGAUCCGAACAGAGGGCUACAUGCCCACAGAGCUGGCAUCUAUGUCAGCUGUUUUGCACGGCAACAACCUCCUUGUGUUUGGUGGUACUGGGAUCCCCUUUGGUGAAAAUAACGGCAAUGAUGUUCACGUUUGUAACGUGAAGUACAAGCGAUGGUCACUGCUCAACUGUCGAGGGAAGAAACCCAACAGAAUCUAUGGACAGGCAAUGGUCAUUAUAAACGGCUUCCUGUACGUAUUUGGAGGGACGACAGGUUACAUCUACAGCACAGACCUGCACAGGCUGGACCUGACCACUAGGGAGUGGAUCCACCUCAAGCCCAACAACCCUCCUGAUGACUUGCCCGAGGAACGGUACAGGCAUGAAAUAGCACAUGACGGACAGAGGAUCUAUAUUCUGGGAGGAGGAACUUCCUGGACAUCUUAUCCUCUAGAUAAGAUACAUGCUUACAAUCUGGAGACCAAUUCCUGGGAGGAGAUUACCACUAAACCUCAUGAAAAAAUAGGGUACCCUGCUCCUAGAAGAUGCCAUAGCUGUGUGCAAAUACGUAAUGAUGUAUUUGUCUGUGGAGGCUACAACGGCGAAUUGAUAUUAGCAGAUCUGUGGAAGAUCAACCUGCACACGUUCCAGUGGAGUAAACUACCAGCAGUGAUGCCUGAGCCAGCCUACUUUCACUGUGCUGCUGUUACCCCAGCUGGCUGCAUGUACAUCCACGGUGGUGUGGUGAACAUCCAUGAGAACAAGAGAACUGGCUCUCUGUUCAAGAUCUGGCUGGCGGUGCCCAGCCUGCUGGAGCUCUGCUGGGAGAAGCUCCUCAAGGCCUUUCCCCACCUGGCUUCACUCCCCACCAUGCAGCUGCUCAACCUGGGCCUCACGCAGGAACUCAUUGAACGCUUGAAAUAGGCACAGUGGAGUACGGACAGAUGAAAAUGGAAGGGCUGGGCUGGACAGCGAGGAGGAGAGGAGGUCUGACAGAGCACAGAAUUUAAUUCACGGCAAGUUUUCGGGAUAAUGCCCUCCCCUUCCCCUGCCUAACGUAGCCCCGCCUUAAAACCAAAAACAGUGGGAUGCCUUUUUUCGUUUUUGUUCUAAUUUUUUGUAGUUACGGUGACGAUAAAGAAAAUAUAUGUGGAAUGUUUUAUGGAUUUUACUCAAACUCCCCCCCUGCCACCACUGUUUCUUACAUGAUGCAUUUGUGUCAAGCCAAGUCCGGAUUCUUGUUUCAUCCUCCAAAACUAAAUAAAUGGAUUUUUUAUUUUUUUUUGCCAUGUCAGGAAGUCAAACACUGUCUACUCCCAUUUUUUUUUUUUUUUGUGAAAAAUCUAGUCAUUUUAAGAAUUCUGUGCGAAGGAAGAAUGCAUGUAUAUUUAUUUAAAGGACUUAAUCACUUUUCGGGGGGGUAUUCUCUUGAACUGAUAUUGCUGUUUGCACAUUUUGUCUUGCAUAUUUGUAGGCAUUUACUUUUUUUAAUAGAUUCUACAAGCAAGAGUGACCACAGUGAUUAUUUCAGUGUGAAAAGGUGACCGACAGAAGUUUUGCUGAAGAACCAUGGCAGUGUUUUUGUCCAUUUUAGCCAAUUUAAUACAGCUCACAUGUAGUUUUAAUUGCUGCAGACAUGGUGUAGUGUUUUAGAAUUGAAACCAGAAGCUUGAAAAUUGUGUGGAUUCUGUAGUCAGUCUCUGAUUUUCAUGUCUGGGUAUAGAAAAGCAGACAUGGUCUCCUCUGCAAAGGUUUACUCUCCAAAUUAUGUUCAUGUUUAGACACAUGAUAUCUGCCUGGAAGGAAAGAAACGCAUUAAAAACCGAAAGACUAAACUGCACAACUUGGUAAUGGUCAAUGUUUGUGAGAAGUUGCCUAAAACAUGCAGAAACACUGUGUGCGCUUCAUUAGCAUGUAAAGAAAGGUUUAGUGCAGGUGUCUGGGUCCUUGUAUUUCCUGUACUUUCCAUUAUACAUCGAUACUGUCUAGUCGGAAGAAUCAUCUGCUGAAAAGGGAGAAGGAAGGUGGGUAUCUUCGAGAUAAUUUAUUUCCCUUGGCGGCUUUCAUUUGUAAACCAAACCAUGCUACACAUCACUGUGAAUCUGGUGCUCUUUGACAUUUAUUUAAAAUGCUUUUGUUUGAAUAAAGACUUCAUUCUACUUUUACUCCCUCUUCGUUGAUGACAUGAGAAACGGUUUUGCACAGGGAGUUGCUUCAGUAGCACGCUUUUACAACCAUACGUUUAUACUGCAGUGCCUUUUCCAAACUUGUAAUUAGGGAGCCAUUUCAUAAAUACAGGCAGUAUAAGAUCUUUGCAUGUAUAGACAAAAUUCUUUAGAUUUGGGGAAUAUUUUAAGAAUCCAAUCAUUACCUAUAAUCACUAAAUGUGCUGCUGGCCAAAAGUUAGAUUUUUCAAGUCUUACUGUUGAAGACUUUGUAUUUUCUUCUUCUUAAUGACCAGAUACAGAUUUUUAAAAUGAGAUGCAUCAUGUUGGUCAUCAGUCUAAGAAGCAAUUAGUGUUUUAAAGUAAUAUGUUCAUAUGUUUCAUUUAAACGAUGCCAAACAAUGUUCCACCUUCAGUGAGUGAUAUUAAUAAGGAAUGUGAGGUUGGGUGACACUUUCAGUCAGGUUGCGAUGCUGCCAGAUGGUUUGAUGGCCACAAAUGCAUGAAUCUACCUGCACUUCUGUACCUUAACCCUGUUUUUUUCCCCCUAUUCUGGCAUUCCAAACUACCUGGUGUCAUUACCUGCUUUUUACAUCAUUUCAUUACCUGGAAGAUUGUUUUACAGAUGACCUCUAAGAUGUUGUACAGUAGGCUUGUAGGAAUGUUGUGUUUGAGUUAUGUCAAUAAAAGUGUUCUGUAAAUAGC